AUGGCGACCAACGGGACGAAUGGCACUCACGGCCCAGCGCCACCUCUCCGCAUCACCAAGCGCCCAUGGAAUGCUCGAGGCCACGCUGACCACGGUUGGCUCUACACAUUUCACACAUUUUCGUUUGCCUCCUACUAUGAACCCGAAUUCGAGCAAUUCGGUCCUCUGCGUGUGAUCAACGAAGACCGCGUCGAGCGCGGCACCGGCUUUGGUACUCACAGCCACGCCGAAUUCCUUAUCUGGAGUUACAUCGUUAAGGGCGAGCUCGAGCACAAAGACAGCAUGGGCAACCUCGAGAACCUCCGCCGUGGUGAAGUCCAGUUCACGAGCGCCGGCACCGGUAUCAGGCACAGCGAGUACUGCCGUAACAAGAAAGAAGACGUGCAUUUCCUUCAAAUCUGGGCGAAGCCGAACGUCAAGGGCCUUAGUCCAAGUUACAAGACUCGCAAGUUUACUGACGAGAUGAAGACCGACAAGCUGUUGCGGGUAAUGGAAUCUGUCGACCGGCAUUCGGGCAAGGAUGCUGAAGGCGAGCCGAUCCCAAUGCACGCUGACCUGUCCAUGGACGCAAGCAUACUCUCACCCGGCAAGAAGGUCGAGCAUCAGCUUGUAGCGGAAGGCCCGAGAAACGUGUACCUUCACGUCAUCAUGAGCGGCCGAGAGCAGCCGAAAAGCGGUGGCGCGAAGAUCAAGGUGCAAGGCGUGCAGCUGGGCGAGGGUGACGGCGCCUUUGUUCGUGGGGCAAAGGGUCCUGGCAAGAUCGAAGUGGAGAGCGUGGGCGACAAGCCUGCGGAGUUCUUGCUAUUCGAUAUGGGCCAAUAA